AUGGCUUAUAUUUUGUUAUAUGUGGAUGAGAUCAUUUUGACUACUUCCUCUGAUGAGCUUCGUAAGUCCAUUAUUACCCUUCUUAGCUCGGAAUUUGCUAUGAAGGACUUGGGACAAUUGAGCUAUUUUUUGGGCAUUGCUGUAACUCAUCAUGCAGGUGGUUUGUUUUUAUCUCAAAAGAAAUAUGCCAUGGAGAUUAUUGAUCGUGCUAGAAUGUCUUCUUGUAAGUCAUCACCUACCCCUAUUGAUACUAAACCAAAGCUUAGUGCUACAUCAAGCACUCCAUUUGAGGAUCCGACUCUCUACAUGAGCCUUGCUGGGACUCUACAAUACCUUACUUUUACCAGACCUGACAUUACAUAUGCAGUGCAACAGGUGUGCUUAUUCAUGCAUGACCCAAAGGAUGAGCACAUGCAAGCUCUCAAGCACAUAUUGUGCUACAUUCAGGGUACUAUAGGCCAUGGUCUUCAUCUUUAUCCAUCAUCUACAUCCACUCUUGUUUCUUAUACGGAUGCUGAUUGGGGUGGAUGCCCGGAUACGAGACGGUCUAGUGCAGAGGCUGAAUACCGAGUGAUUGCCAAUGUAGUUUCAGAGUCAUGUUGGUUGCGAAAUCUACUUUUGGAGCUUCAUUGUCCUAUCCUGAAGGCUACAUUGGUUUAUUGUGAUAAUGUUGCUCGUGGUCAAGUUCAAGUUUUACAUGUCCCGUCUCGUUAUCAGAUUGCAGACAUAUUUACCAAAGGACUUCCUUUGGUGUUAUUUGAGGAUUUUCGAGACAGUCUCAGUGUCCAUCGACCUCUCGCUUCGACUGCGGGGGUGUGUUAG